AUGCUUUCUUCACUUCUCAAAAUCUCAACUUUAUCACUUUCCCACAUCUCUUUCAUCUCCAACAGCCCUAAAACACUCCCUUCUCAGUCACUUCUCCGUUGUGGUGGUGGUGGUGGUGGCGGCGGCGGCGGUUCUUCAGCUUGUAUUGUUCAUGCAGGAGAGAAAGAUGCACAGCAGUUUGAGAUUGACCCAGAUGAGGCCAAAGCCGCCCUUCAAAAACUUGACCAGCAGCUCCAAACCCUCUCCCGAAAACAACCUAGAACUCCAAAGAUAAAGGCGAAGGAUGUGAAGCUUACAAGGGGUCCAACAGAUGAAGAAAUGCCAGAAAUUUCAGGCUCUUUCCUUACCAAUACUGCUUUUGCUCUCCUCAUCUUCACCAUACUUUACAAUGCACUAUUUUAUGGAGUAAUAAAGCCUGCUAUAGAUGGACCUGAUGAUGUAUCAGAAGCUCCUCCGCCUUCCAUGGUGACAGAAUCUCCGAACGCAGCAGUUUUGCAGUCGCUGCUCUCAGUACCGAAAGAUUUCCUUCAACUCUGAAAUGUUGAUUAUCUGUAAAAAUGCUUAAAUUAGAAACUGAAACCCUUUUCGAGUCUUAGAAUAUUUGAAGUAAAUAUAUACUUGAAUUAUCCGAAAUCGUUUUGAAUGUUAUGAAU